UCGCCAGAUCCAACCCUGAAAUGGAACUCUACCUCAUUCUCUUCCUCAUCUCCCUCCUCCUCUUCCUCAAACCCUUCCUCCUCCCAUCAAGACCCAAGAACCUUCCCCCCGGCCCGGCCGGCCUCCCCUUGCUCGGUUCGCUCAUCCAACUAGGCGCCCGUCCCCAUGAGUCCCUCUUCAACAUGGCCAGGCGCUACGGCCCGGUCAUGACCCUCCACCUCGGCUCGGUGACCAACAUUGUGAUCUCGUCCCCGGAGGCCGCCCAGGAGACCCUCCAGAAGCACGAUGAGAACUUCUCUGACCGGGCCGUCCCGGACGUGAUCACCGCACAGCCGAAUCCGGAGUUCACCCUCGCGUGGGUCCCCGGCGACCAGCAGUGGCGGGCCCGGCGCCGCGUGUGCAGCACCCAGAUGUUCACCGCCCGGCGCCUGGACGCCCUCCAGCACCUGCGCCACCAGAAGGUCCACCAGCUCAUCGACCACAUCAAGAACUGCUGCGCACUGGGCAAAGAGGUCGACAUAGGCCAACUGGCCUUCGCCACAACUUUGAACCUCAUGUCGAGUACCAUGUUCUCGAUUGAUAUUGUCGACCCGGAAUUCCAAACGGCUCAGGAGUUCAAGGACUUGGUGUGGAGGAUCAUGGAGGAUGCCGGGAAGCCGAACUUGUCGGACUACUUCCCGGUGAUCCGGCGGUUCGAUUUGCUAGGCUUGAAGCGACACAUCCGGCCAUCUUACGUGAGGUUGCACGAGAUAUUCGAUGGGAUCAUCGACAAACGUUUGGAAGAGAGGGCGGCCGGCUCAUCCACAUCGUCGAAGAGGGGUGAUUUCUUGGAUGUGCUUCUGGAUCAGUGCGAAGAAGAAGGGUCCGAUUUUAACCGGCAAAGCAUCAAGCCAAUGAUCCUGGAUCUAUUCAUUGCUGGAAGCGACACAUCUGCAUUAACGACGGAAUGGGCAAUGGCGGAACUCCUCCACAAUCCUAGCCUCCUCCAAAAAUCAAAAAAUGAGCUUGUCACGGUCAUCGGCACCGAGCGGCCAGUCCAAGAAUCGGACACUCACCACCUCCCGUAUCUCCAAGCAAUUGUCAAGGAGGCGCUCCGCCUCCACCCAGCAGCGCCUCUCCUCCUCCCUUACAGAUCCAAGAACGACGUGGAAGUGUGCGGGUACGUCAUCCCGAAGGGCAUGCAAGUCCUGGUGAACGCAUGGGCCAUAGGGCGAGACCCGAACUAUUGGGAGGACCCGAUGUCGUUUAGGCCCGAGCGGUUCUUGGGUUCGAAUGUGGAUUACAGAGGGAGAGAUUUCGAGUACAUCCCGUUCGGCGCGGGCCGAAGGAUAUGCCCCGGAUUACCGCUUGCCGUCCGGAUGGUUCAACUCAUGGUGGCUUCCCUCGUUCAAUCGUUUAACUGGAAGCUUCCCGAGGGAGUAGCGCCGGAGAGUUUGGAUAUGCAAGAGCAAUUUGGAGUCACAUUGAGAAAGGCCAUACCCUUACGAGCAAUUCCGAGCUUAGAUUGAAAAGGAAGUCGUGAUCGAUCCUUGAUUGGUGUUUCCAAGUGAUUUUUAAGAACUCUCUAUGCGUCUGAAGCUCCAAUAAAAUAUCGAGCACUUUUGUGAAAGUUACUUGUUCUACUAAUAUGUUAAUGGAGCGAUUG